AUUGUAAUUGGAGUUGCAUUUAUAUGAUUGUAAUUGGAGUUGAGUUUAUAUGAUUGGUAUUGAGAUUUCAUGAAGUCUGUUACUUCUAAAGAUAAGGUAAUACAUGAAGACAAUUGUUCCAUACUUACCAUAAGAUAAAUACUGGUGCUUGAUUUUAUAAAGGUGCUUGAUUUUAUAAGAUUCACUUUUAUGCCAGAUUAACCAUUAUAUGUUGAGAGUUCUGAUACAGGACUUUUCUGCCAAACCUUUUCAUUAAGUUGGACCGUAGAAAAUCCUGUUUGCCAUAACGGUGGGGGUGGAAAUUGCGUUACGGAGUAGAUUUUUGUUUUAAGAACCAGAGUUUGUCAAGGCUUAUUUUGGGAAGCAAUUGUAAAUUGCCAAAUUUUAUCUGAACUGCAUUCUAUGAUGAUUUUAUAGUUAUCAGAAACAACCUUUUUCUAAAUUGACUAGGGUUUAUUGCCUACAUUAUUAUCUCCCUUAAUUUAUUUGAAUCUCUGAGUACUCUAUUAUUGCUUGCAGGUGGUAAUUAUGAAAAUUGUAAGCUAUCCCAACAUAGUCAAUCUUAUCGAGGUGAUUAAUGAUCCAGACACAGAUCACUUCUAUAUGGUUGAGUAUGUGGAGGGCAAAUGGGAUUGUGAGGGUGUUGGACCACCUGGUGGCUUAGGGGAAGCUAUCAUGAGACAAUAUUUACGAGAUAUUGUUUCUGGGUUAAUGUAUCUUCAUUCACAUAAUAUAGUGCAUAUGGACAUAAAGACUCAAAAUCUUUUGGUUUCGCGUAAUGGCACUGUAAAGAUUGCAAAUUUCAGUGUCAGCCAAGUUUUUGAGAUGGAAUCUUGCUUCUUGAAGCUAAUAGAAUGUUCAGAGCUGGAGGAUAUUUUGUAUGGGCAGUAUUGCCAGUCUAUAAACUUGAAGAUAACUUGCAAAAGCAGUGGAAAGAAAUGGAGAAUCUUACGUCCCAUAUUUGCUGGGAACUGGUAAAAGGGAGGGUUAUAUUGCUAUAUGGAGGAAGCCUUUGAACAACAUUUGUUAUCUGAAUCGUGAAGUUGGUGCGAAACCUCCACUUUUUGACCCGAACAAUUAUCGAGACAGUGUCAGGCAUGUGGGACAGAAGGUCUGUAUUACAAGGGUACCUAAUAACGGAUGUGAAUGUUGUCGGAGAGAGAAUAAGUACCCUCAAUUUUGCAGAGAGGGUUGCCUCUAUAGUACUUGGAGCUGCUCGAGCUAACACUUGAACGUGAAGCAAAUACUAUUUUAUUGGGUCGAGCUCAAUUUCUAUGAUAUCAAUGGCUCCUCAACUGCCAACGCAGUUUCUUGUUCAGACCCAGUAUGUAGUACUAUGGUUCCACCAGCAUCGUCUCACUGCUCAGCUGAAAGUAAACAGUGCGGUUACUCGUUUCAAUAUGGUGAUGGAAGUGGGACCUCAGGGUUUUAUGUGUCUACUAUGAUGUACUUUUAUAUGAUCUAGGGAGCUCUAUGAACGCUAAUUCACCUGCCUCUAUCGUUUUCAGAUGCAACAAUUAUCAAUCUGGAGAUUUGAUCAAUUCAGAACGUGCUCUUGAUGGGAUCUUUGGUUUUGGUCAGCAGGGCUUGUCCUUUGUAUCUCAAUUUUCUUCCAGGGUAAUAACACCUCAACCAUUUUCCCAUUUUUGAAAGGAGGAGGAAAUGGUGGGGUUAUUCUGGUGCUUGUAAGAUUUUGGGCCCAAGUAUUGCGUAUGGUCCACUUGUGCCAUCAUAGUAUGUCUCCCAAUUCUUUUGAGAACUUCUUGAUUGUGGAUUUUGUUUAUUAGUUUCUUUCUUUUAUUGUUCUUCUUCCUUUGAUGUGCUUUACGGUCAAUUAUUGAACAAGUCUUGUAUCCCCAUCCCCCCCUCAAAAGUAUUUUUAACCUUUUACUUCAAAAGCUCAAUUUUUGUGGGUUAAACUUAAACCCAACAUGUUGUCUACCUUGUACAUAUGGGCUUUGUCGUAAGUCAUUCAGCCUUCACUGUUUGUAAAUUUCAUUUUGGAUUUUAUACAUGUGAAAGGGUUGUCAUCGAAAAUCUGUGCCAUUUGCUGAAACAGGACGGUGCCGCGCUUUGGUGCAUAAGUUUUUAGAAGGUUCAUAAAGGCCCAUGAGUUACAAUAUUAGGAGGUCAUUCGCAUGUUUAUUUUACUAUUUUCCAUACAAAACUUCCACUAAAGUAUAUACUUAAAUAAUACGAAGUAUAUACUUUAAAUGUUCUAUGCUGUAAUUACUUAGUUAAUCCACAUACUUGGCAAAAGAAUUGCGAAUUUGGAGUUGGGUGAGUGGUUGGCAGUUUUCAUCGAAGAGCGGAAAAGAGUUAUGUAGCAGUUGAAUACUGAUCUAUUAAUAAUAAUCACCAAGCUAUAAAGUACAUAAUUUAUGUAGAAAGCAAUCCACUAUUGUCUUCUUUUGAACUGAUCUUAUAACUGUGAAUUCAGUUGCUUUUCUAAUUUCCGUUAUUUGAUAUUGCUAUU